GUGCUCUUCUUCGUCUUCUUUCUUUCUGUCGAUCUCUUGUCGGACAGCGAUAGGUAAGAAGGGAUAGCGUUUCUCUCUGUUUAUGCUUUCUUUCAUUCAUCCAUCUAUCUCCUCAUUAAAUGUGUCCAUCUUUUGACGGGAGUCUCUAAAGCAAGUGAGUCUGGUCCCUGACUCCAUUGAAAUGGCCGCCAUCGACCUCCUCUCCCGCGAGAUCACGCACCAGAUCGUCCGGCGGAAAAAUUGGGCCAGUGAAAACCCCGGCGUGGUGCUCGUCUUCUGCAUUGUCUUUAUCGUUGGUGUUGGGAUCGUCUCACUGUUUAUCUACCGAAAAGCGAUGGCACGGAGCGCAGCUAAGAAGGAGCUCGAGGGGUAGAUGUUGGGAUAGGGAUAUGAUUUGGUUGGGGGUUAGGGCUAGGAUUGGCGUUAAAUGUUUUACUGUAUGGAUGUCUGGUAUAGACUCCUUGACUGGUAAUUGUAAUAUCGGACUGCUCGGUCUCCGUCUAUAAUCAUACAUUAAUUCAAUUAUCU